GGCUCUUCUUUGUCAUUACACUCACCACGCGCAGUCAACAGUGAGAAGGUUGAGUGAGCAGGUUUAGAUGUGGUCGUCAUCCGUUGUUUUGGAUCGAUAGGCCCGAUCCGUCCAGGAGGCUGCGGUGUGUUUCAGGACCAGCGGGGAAAGGGACCAAGCCGAGCCGGAGUACACGUUGAUCCCUGCUGCGCCGACAACUUGACUCAGAUCAGGCUUCAGUGUCACCAUGCGCUCCUUGACCACAUCUGCCGCACUGCUGUGUCUGCUGGUGGGGGCUGUGGCAGCCGUUCAGACCCCCCAGACAGUGUUCUUGGACAAGCAGCACGUGAGCGCGGUGAUCUCUCGUCAGAAGAGGAACGUCAUCGGCAGUAACCAGCCUUCCAGCCUGGAGCAGGUUUGCAUGGAGAAGGUGUGUACCUACGAGCAGGCCAGAAGUAUCUUCCAGGACUCGUACCGCACGGAUAUCUUCUGGGCUGUCUACAUUGACGGAGACCAGUGUGCGGAGAACCCCUGCAAGAAUGGAGCCAUGUGUUCGGACAGCGUGGGAGGCUACGACUGCGUCUGCAAGUCGGGUUUCACAGGGGUCCACUGUGAAAAAGACCUGACUCUGUGCACCCUGGAAAAGAACAUGGGCUGCUCCCAGUUCUGUAAACCAGGCUACGUGUCCUACGAGUGCUCCUGCGCCCGUGGAUGGAAGCUCAGCCAGACGGACAGGAAUAAGUGUGAGCCUGCAGUCAAAUUCCCCUGUGGUAAGGUGAACAGUCUGAGUCGGUGGAAUGACAGACAGUCCAGCAACAUUCGCAACAACUUUGAAGGACUUAGCUGUACUUCUACAGAGUGUCCCUGGCAGGCUUUCCUGAAGAGUUCAGAGUCCACAGGUUUCUGUAGCGGAGUCAUUCUGAAGGAGAACCUGGUCUUGACUUCAGCUCACUGUGCCAACAAAUACAUCUCCUUCAAGGUGGCUGUCGGAAAGCGCAGCACCAACGAUGAAGACGGAGAGCAGACGCUGCAUGUAAAAAUUGUUCACGUCCACCCGCGCUAUGUGGAAGGUCGCCCUGAAAAUGACCUGGCUGUGAUUGAGCUCCGCGACCGCAUCCUUUUUAAGAAAGAAGUGAUUGCUGCUUGUCUGCCAGAAAGAGACUUUGCAGAGAGCGUCCUGAUGACGGAAGAGUUCCCGGCCAUAGUCACCGGCUGGAAAGAACCCAGUCAGGGUUCUUCUUUCCAGGGCCCGCUCACCCUCAACCAGCUGGUGUACAGGAGCCUGCCACAGUGUCUGGAGACCCAUCCCAACCUGAUGACCAAUAAAAUGGGCUGCACCACUCCCCGGACCAAUGCCGACUGCACCAUGAGCUCUGGCAGCCCCCUGCUCACCCUGUAUAGGGAGGUGUUCUUCCUCACUGGGGUGGUCAGCCAGCCACCAGGGGCCGACUGCACUAACGGCUACAUCUUCCAGAAAGUGUCGCGCUACCUCGGCUGGCUGCAGCCGCUCAUGGGUUCACGUUAGGUGGGGCAUGGAGAACAUGGAGGUCACUGGUUAUGGAAAAUAUAGGAUAAUGCAGGUGAAUAAAUACUAAAAACAGGGAAUCAGAAGAACAUUUUCAUUGUGCAUUUGUAGCUGAACCUCGUUUUGUCUUUCUGUCUUUUAAUAAUACUCAUCUUCUAAUGGAAAAAUGAUCUUUUUAACAACCAUAAAGUCUCAAUCUAGGUUUGCAUCUUAUCUGUCUUUGAGGACUUCCUCAUUUAUCCACAAGGUGGCUCUCUAUUAACAUAAACAGAGGCACUUAUAUGCCUACCAACCAGAGGGUCAGAGGCAGCAAAGGAUACAGUGAAUUAUUCAGCAUGUGUUUUGUGAAGUGGACAUACCUUUUAAUAACCUUUUAAGUGAUGUUAUUUUUAGCGACUACUGUACUGGUUGAUAUGCACCUUGUAACACUCCAGGUAAUCACUGUUCUAUAAAUGUAAUAAAUCCUAAUAACACACCGGA